ACAGAAGGGGCGCUCGCACUCGUUGCGACAUUUGGUAGUGUCUGUCGUGUCUGUCGUGUGUCUGAACGUUUGAUAGAAUUGGAUAGAAUAUCAGUUUCCUAUCGAUCACUAAGGUGAAUUUUUCGUGACAAAGCUCCGCGCAAGAGCUCUCCGGCAACAUGUUCAGAUCAUUCAUGGGCGAUGACGAUAUUUUUAAUAUCUUCGGAGCAGCAUCGCCUAUGCACACCAUGCGGCAUAUGAACAACAUGAUGAACUCUUUAUUGAGCGCCGACCCAUUUGACAUGAUGGGACACAAUGUUUUUAUGCCUCAUCGCGGUAGAGUCGGUCACAAUGAUAUGCUGCUUUCCCCAUUUGAUCCACAUUUUGCAGGAUAUGGUUUUCAGAAUAACCUGAGCGAUGGUAAUAGUCACUCGUUCAUGAGCCAGUCUGUAAUGACUAUGUCCAGUGGGCCCGACGGACGUCCACAGGUUUAUCAGGAAACCAUGUCCACGAGAACAGCACCUGGCGGUAUUAAAGAGACUAAGCAAACCGUAAGCGACUCGCGCACCGGAACUAGGAAAAUGGCUAUUGGUCAUCAUAUCGGUGAGAGGGCACAUAUCCUUGAGAGAGAACGAAAUAUGCGCGGUGAGGAAGAAGAACGACAGGAAUUUAUCAAUCUUGAUGAAGAGGAGGCAGACACUUUUAAUCGCGAAUGGGUAACACGCACACGACGCGUUGGUAAUGCAAUUGAAGGUGCAAAUGUAGCUACGGCAACCAGCAACAGCAGACAUAGACCGGAACCGAGACACUUGGCUUUACCAUCUACUGCAGAUCCAUCAGCAAGUCGUCAUUCUAAUAGAGGUACAAGAUGGAUACCUUCUCCUAGACGUGCUAUAAGGUCCUUAAAUUCUUCCAAAGUAAAAAGCCAACCUCCCUCUUCAAGCUUCAAAGCUCCGAAAUCCGCAGCGUCUUCGAGUGCCGAAGUAUCAAUAUCACCGUCUACAUCAGGAUCUCGAAAACGCGAGCAUAAACCAGAUAAAAAUGUUAGUAAUAAACGUCAUGCUGUGCCUAGUAGUGACGACUAGACUAACUCAAAACUAUAAUCUGCAACCGAUGUUGCAUUAUAUCUCUAUUACAAGCUUCGCGUAAUGAAGUCUACUUUAAAAUAAACAUAAAAUAUAUCUUCUUCGUUACAUAAUCAUUAAUGUUUAACUGAAACAGCAUGACAUUGUUUUUAAAAUUACUUUCUUGAUCAUAGAAAAUAUUUUAACGUAUAAACUAGUGAAAUUGAUACAGUAAACUUCUUUCCAUACCAGUUCUUACUUUCUUAUUUUGUAUAUCGAUAUUUAUUUAAGUAGAUUGUAAUUUCAGUUAUAUUUUUCAAGGAAAUAUGAUAAAAAGAAUAAAUUAAUUUCUGUUAAUAAAAGUAUUAUAAUCUGUCAAUUAAAGUAUUAUGAUUUCUCAAGGAUUAUACUCCAUCUUUAAAAUGUCAGAUUUAUUAGAUGUAUUGAUAUAUAAUUAUAUAAGCUAUAAUGAGGUAACCACGUAAGCAGUUAUAUAACGAACAGCAGUAGUAUCAAGAAAAUACAAUCAUAAAAUUAUAAUUUUGUUUUUUUGUUUGGAGCGAAGUAAUGUUAAUGGAACAGUUAGAAAAAGGUCUUGUAUUUAACGUUUAAAUGCAAGUAAUAUUAUUUAAUCAAAGAUAUAGAUAUAUAUAUUCACUGAUAUCAGUUUUUGUUAGCUUCUCAUUAUUAUAUAUAAUAAAGUAUUAAGAAAUGUAAAGGAAAUAAAUGAUUAUUUGUUUCAA